CAUAGUUGAAUAUACCAGAUGUCUGAAUGAAUACUAUCUGUUUUAAUUUUCAGGUGUUGUAAUUUCAAGAAAUGCUGUGACAUUUUUGAAGAACAAUACUCAGAUAAACUUUCAUUGUGUGAAAAUUUUGAAAACUAGAAUGGCCUUGAAAAAGGCACCUAAACUAUUUAAGACAUUUUUUCACUGGAAACUUUGGAAGUUUAGCAUUAUUGUGUUUGUCUUUUUGGUAUUUUUAUUUUUAUUACAAAGAGAAGUGGGUAUUCAAGAUUUUAAGGAUGAAGCAGGGAUUGAGCCAGUUGUUGGAAAGAAAAGUCACGUUUUAGGUCUUGUGUUAAAUGCUAUGAACAAUAUCAAAGGUGCAAAGCCAAAAAUGCAGAUAAAAGCACCCAUUAGACAAACUAAGAUUCCUGGAGAGAGACACUGUUUGCCAGGGCACUAUACUCCAGUGGAACUGAAACCCUUUCUAGAUCGACCGCUUCAAGAUCCUAAUGCUCCUGGAGCUUCUGGUAAAGCAUUUAAAACCACCAACUUAAAUUCAGAAGAACAGAAAGAAAAACAGCUUGGAGAAGAGAAACACUGUUUUAAUGCAUUUGCAAGUGAUAGGAUUUCUUUACACCGAGAUCUUGGACCAGACACUCGACCUCCUGAAUGUAUCGAACAAAAAUUUAAGCGCUGCCCGCCAUUGCCAACCACAAGCGUUAUCAUUGUUUUCCAUAAUGAAGCGUGGUCAACUCUGCUCAGAACUGUGCACAGUGUGAUGUACACAUCUCCUGCCAUACUGCUCAAGGAGAUCAUUUUGGUGGAUGAUGCCAGUGUAGAUGAAUACCUGCAUGAUAAACUAGAUGAAUAUGUGAAACAGUUUCAAAUAGUUAAAGUAGUCCGUCAGAAGGAAAGAAAAGGUCUGAUCACUGCACGGUUGUUGGGAGCUUCAGUAGCAACAGGAGAGACCCUCACCUUCCUGGAUGCUCAUUGUGAAUGCUUUUAUGGCUGGUUAGAGCCAUUAUUGGCAAGAAUAGCUGAGAAUCCUGUUGCUGUUGUAAGCCCUGACAUUGCUUCUAUCGAUCUCAAUACCUUUGAAUUCAUUAAACCAUCUCCUUAUGUGCAUAGCCACAACAGAGGAAAUUUUGACUGGAGUUUGUCAUUUGGAUGGGAAUCUCUUCCAAAACAUGAGAACAAAAGAAGAAAAGAUGAAACCUAUCCAAUUAGAACACCUACUUUUGCUGGAGGUCUCUUUUCAAUAUCAAAAGACUACUUUGAACACAUUGGAAGCUAUGAUGAAGAAAUGGAAAUAUGGGGAGGUGAAAAUAUAGAAAUGUCUUUCCGAGUAUGGCAAUGUGGUGGACAGUUGGAGAUCAUGCCUUGCUCUGUUGUUGGCCAUGUCUUUCGCAGCAAGAGUCCCCAUACUUUCCCAAAAGGUACUCAGGUGAUCACACGUAAUCAAGUUCGCCUUGCAGAAGUGUGGAUGGAUGCAUAUAAAGAAAUAUUUUACCGAAGAAACACAGAGGCAGCAAAAAUUGUGAAACAAAAAACAUUUGGAGACAUAUCAAAACGACUUGAUUUAAGGCAGCGCCUGCAGUGUAAAAAUUUUACCUGGUACCUCAGUAAUGUUUAUCCAGAAGCAUAUGUGCCAGACCUGAAUCCUUUGUUUUCUGGAUAUUUAAAAAAUAUAGGUAACCGCAUGUGUCUGGAUGUUGGUGAAAAUAACCAUGGUGGCAAACCAUUGAUUAUGUAUUCUUGUCAUGGACUUGGAGGAAAUCAGUACUUUGAAUAUUCUGCACACCGUGAAAUCCGCCAUAACAUUCAGAAGGAGCUCUGCCUGCAUGCUGCCAAGGGACCUGUGCAGCUUCGUGAAUGCACCUACAAAGGCCAGAAAACCUUUGCUGUUGGAGAGGAGCAGUGGCUGCACCAGAAGGAUCAAACUCUGUACAAUGAAGCACUACAUAUGUGCCUUACAGGAAAUGGAGAGCAUCCGAGUUUAGCAUCCUGUAAUCCAUCAGACCCUUUCCAGAAGUGGAUCUUUGGCCAGAACGAUUAA